AUGGUUGAAAGAAGAGUUCAAGUGGAGCCAACUCUUAGUGAUGCGCAUUCAUAUAUCACUGCUGUGAAGGAAGCAUUUCAUGAUGAACCUACAAAAUAUGAAGAGUUUAUUAAACUCAUGAAUGAUAUUCGUGAUCAUGGUGUCGAUAAGGCUAGUGGCAUUGCAAAGUUGACUGAACUCAUUAAAGGACACCCGAGGCUGCUUCGUGGUUUAAGUUUCUUCUUUCCACAGGUUAACAGAGACAUCCAUCAUGAGGCUAAGAGAACCAUCAUUCUCAAGGAUAAGGCAACCAUCCCUCCCGAGGCUGCUUAUCGGGGUGCUAAGUCUACUUAUACCAAAAUAAAACAAAUUGAGCCUGACUGGGAGAAUUUUAUGAACAUGCUUAAGACAAGGUUUCGGAGCCUUGAUACUCAUGUAGUUGAGUCAUUUCUCAAGAUAAUGAUAAUGUAUGAUGAAGGAAAAAAAUCGGAAAAGGAGGUGCAAGAGGAGGUCGUUGAUCUUCUCUAUUAUCAUGAAGAUUUGAUCGACAAGUUUUUCAGAUUGUUUAACAUGAGAAAAUAA